AAACAUUUGCAAGAUGGCGGCCUGCAGUGAUUGAUCGAGCUACGUGGAAGUUGUGGCGCGGGCGCUUCUAAACAUCGAUUUAUCCAAGGACAAUGAAUAAGGUGCCCCAUCACUCUUCUGUCUUCCCCUAACAGUCACUGCCAAUUGCCAUCAUGCUUGAGUCUUACAUCUCCCCGUUCCUCCUUGGCUACGUGGACAAGUACAUCAAGAAUCUCAAGCCCGAGGAUCUCCAACUGUCACUCUGGGGUGGUGACCUGGUCCUCAACAAACUCGACCUUCGACUGGAUGUCCUGGAACAAGAGUUGAACCUCCCGUUGACAUUUGUCAGUGGACACAUCCACGAGUUGCGCAUUCAUGUCCCGUGGACCAGACUCGGCUAUGAACCUGUCGUCAUAACGAUUAAUACGAUCGAAUGCGCAUUGAAACUUCGGGAUGAGGGGUAUGAUGAACACGACAGUGCUUCGUCAAAAUCGAGCCUGGUUAGUAAGACUAAGACGGAUGUUGCCAUUAAAGCGAAACAGAAGUAUGAAAAACAGGAUAGGGAUUUACCUCCAGGUUAUGUGCAAUCUCUGAUGAACCGUGUCAUCAAUAAUGUAACCCUCGUCAUCAAAAAUCUCAUCUUGAAGUACGUCGAAGAUGACAUUGUUCUGUCGGUCAAUGUCAAAUCUGCCGAGUCGUUUGCCGUGAACGCAGACUGGCAGUCGGCUUUCACUGAGCUGAGUUUACCAGAGCUGGUGCUGAGACGAGUUUGCGAGUUUUCGGACCUUACGGUUUGUCUAGAUAAGAGGAACGCAAGUGGAAAGAUAGAGAUUUAUCAAGAACCGAUGGUGUAUCGCUGUGCCGUGUCGCUGCGUAUGCAGAUGACGUACGCCAGCUUGAAUGCCAAGAGGCCAUCAGUCGUCAAAAUGAACGUGUAUUGUGAAGAGUUGGACAUGUCUUUGUCGGACACGCAGCUGCCAAUGUUUCUCAGACUGCUGCAGCUGCUAGUUGCGUUAUACUACGGCACGUUGGAUCAAGGGAAUAAAUUAGGAGAGUCAGGCGACCAGACUGCAGCAAUAGAAGCCAUCAAAGCAGAUACAAAACCAGACCCCACCCGGCCAGAAGGUUCCAGUUCCGAAGGCUGGGCCUCGUGGGCGUGGUCCUACGUUCCAGAGCUCCUGUACUAUGAGGAGGAUGAAGAUCAGAUGGGCGGCUCCAAGAGGAGAGAGAAACGGCCCGACCCGAUACUGUCUGUCGGUCUGUACUGCAACAGAGCGCGCAUCACAUUCAAGCUGACUAAGGAAAUCUCAACCAACCAUCCAGUUUACUCAACCCCCUCCUCCAAGCUUGAAACCUACCCGCUGCUGAGAAUGGAACUGUCCGGUUCGGCCAUCGAGAUCUUGAUGCAAGGAGAGGAGUUCUUCGUGCAUCAGAUGGGGUUCAGUUACAUCACUGCGUCGGUGAUGGGCGACUGCGUGUGUGGGCUGGUCACCAAUGAUGAUGAACAAGCGCCAGGGGAGUUUAAUCCGAGUUCUUGCUUCUUAACUUGUGGCACUCCCGACUACAACCAGAAACGCACCAAGUACCUCACCAACUCCCUGUUUGACGAGAACUGUCCUGAGAACAGACAGCAGAGGGCGCCCUUCAUUCUGGACUGGGACACCCACCAGGAUACGUACAGCGAGGCGCUGGCAACGCAGCGGUUCGGUGCCGUCUGGACGGACUACCUGUUUGUGGCUGAAAUGAUGGGCAACAAAAAUGCCAGUGAUUCAUCAAGUCGAUCGUCCCAUCACAGCGCCGACGAUUCCGAUCCAAUCUUCGACAUGAAGGAGACAUCUAGCAAGCGAUUCCUGUUCAACCCGGCCAAACUGGUAGUCGGCAGCGAUGUGGUUCACAGACUGAUGAAGUUCGUGGAAUGCGCAGCCGAUCACGAGUACGAACCCUACAGCAUACCGCAACCAGAAAUUGUUGAUGAGAAUCGACCGUCGGCCACUCCAGAGCAAGUCACGACUCUUGAGGAUUGGGUGCCGUCCCGCUCCACCCAUCUAACUCUACUCAAUCUACAGAUUCUGUUUCCAUCGGCCCAGCAUCCUUACUACAGCUCAUCCAAGAGCCCAUCUACUACUAAACAGGGCAUGAGCUUUCAAGAGACUCCUUCCGUUCCGACGUUAUGUCUUCAAACCGACAGGAUUGACUUCCAGAGCACCGAGCCCAUGUAUGCAAGAAGACUCAUCCAGCCUGUCAGUAAACUGCCAAUCAACAGUCGUAGCUCCAAACUUAUGUACCACUGCUACUCACAUAAAUACUACAAGAUCUUUGGUUGCCAGUUUGGUUUGACCUUCAUUGACCCCAGCAGUGACCUUUCACCCCCAAUUCUUCCCAUCAUGCCCUCGUGGAGUGCAGCCUUGUACCACAAGGAACUGGUGUUGCCUAUGUACUGGAAAGACAAAAGUCUGAUUCAUUCGGAGUUAAUGCUUGAGCUGCCCAGUAUCUCAUGCAAUGCAACCAAAGCGCAAUGUCUUCUGAUGCUACAUAUCUGUAAUAGCUGGACCAGUAGACAGCCAGAGGUGGAGGCGGCCAGACUCGCCGGAACCAGUCUAUUGGAGGACGUCUUUAAACCAUCCGUCAAAGCCUUCCCAUCCGGCCAGCCUGUACUACAAGCCUCUCUCAAUAGCCUGGAAGUUAAAUUCACUCAGACGAGGCUAACCCAGGCUAUGUCUGGUACCCUGAGCCAAGCACAGAUUACAGUGCAAGCGUUAGAUCAAGGCAGAGCCAGUGACACACCGCUGUUUCAUGGCCCAGUAGACACCUCAGAUUUACACCACCACAAAAGUUUCAUGAAACAGCAGUCAAGUCAAUCCCAGCUUGAUGCUGUGGACCUUAUAACGUUCACCAUUCAGAUUCCAAGAUCGUCUGAUUCAGACAACACCUCAGAAGUGUCUUGCGGAGUUUUCCUUCUUGAUUUGCAAGGAACUGCUGUGUGUGUUGACCCGAUCAUCUACACGUGGCUACUGUACCAGCCCAGAGGUCAAGUGAGGUCAAAGGUCACAGAGGAGGCGAGCUCUCGCAAGAAUCAAAGAUCUGUGAGGAAGCAACAUUCCUCAGAAGGUUCAAGCAGUGUACAGAGAGUCAAACCAACUUCUCCGGACAAAAUAAAAUCUUCCCAACCAAUUCAACGACAGUCGUCGACCGUUUCACAGCAGACACCCAAUCCGUUGGCCCAGCAACCACGGAGCUUAGAUACAGCUGAAGAAUCCAAAAUGGCUGACAAAGACAAACAGACAGACAGGGAGAAGUUACUGGAAAAGUUGUGGCUGGUCGUUAAACAGCUGACUGUUCAAGUGGACAUGCAGACCUGCUUCAUAGCGCUUCCCACGGACCACCUAACCUUUGGACCCGACGUGACUAGUAUCCCACAAUGCAUCCAGCAAGGCAUGCUGGGUAAUAGCCCACCAGAGACGGUAGUUCUGAGUCUUCCGGUCGUCAAGGUGACAAGUUUGAAUCAUCAGAUGAUUUUGGCGUUGCAAGAGAUUCCAUUGGAUCGAAAAGAUCUUCCACCAGAUACAGGUGAAAAGCUACCAUGGAGCGUGAAGGCCUCCAAUUUCAGCAUGUACACUAUUCACUCCGAUGAGGGUCCGUAUUAUCUUCUGAAGCCGCUCGUUCUGUCAGCCACAGUCGGUGUGACGUCUAGCCACUCUGGCAGAGCGGCUAAGGCUAGGCCAGGCCUGGGGCUGUGUGUGCAUGCUGAUAUGCAGGAGAUACAAAUGGCUUGCUCCAAGUCGCAGGUGACACUGGCGUGUACACUCCUGAACCAGGCCCUCAGCAACAAAUCCAAACUGAUUGAAGUGUUCAACUCUAGUUACGGCAUCUCGACCCAAACCGCUAGCGUUCCCAUAAUUCCAGCAUCACCCUCCAAAUCAGCUCCGAGAGUUCUCAGUAGCGUCGCGUCCUCCGGCCAACCUGACAAUCAAGAAACAACAACCCUGUCUCUAUCCUCACCAGCCGAGGUGCCCGUGUCUCCGCAAGGACUGGCACCCCCUGACCAGGAAGACAGUAGUGAUACAGUGAAGCUGUCCUUAUGGCUGCAGUUGACACUGCAGAAGUUCUGUUUCAGUUUGUACGGGGGUGCUCCCCCUAUGAAGAUCAGCUGUGAGGUUGAGGAUCUGACUACAAGUUUUGAUUUUCAGGAUGUGUACUCGAAAGUGACGUGCAAAGUUGGGUCAUUAAAUGUUAACCAUUAUACUCAAAACAAUGGCAGUUGGCAAUGUGGUCCGUUCUGUGGUGUGUUAUUCUCAUGCACUGACAUCAUCACCCACAACACUAGCAUCCGUGGCCUACGUCUGCGUCCCCACAGCCACUCCGCCCCGAGGCCCUUCAACCCAUUCGCCGCUCCCCACGCGACCAAGCCCAGCGAUGCAAAAUCUCACGGGUUUCUGUCGGCAACUUGGACCAUGGCCCAGGGAAGAUCCCUGGUGCAAAAGUUGUCUGGCAAAGUGAAGGAGUCGAAGAAAUCGUCCAGCCAAGAAAUAACGCUGUCACGGCAGCGCUUCAUUCAUGAAAUUGUUGUAGCGGUGCAGCCGUUUGACGUUAUGCUGUGGUGCCCUUUGUAUGUCUCCAUGCUUGAUAUCUUUAGCACAGUAAACAUUCUUGACGUCGCUCAGUCAACCGCGGAUAUUUCAGGAAUUGGACCAAAACAGAGACCAGCGAUGCCUCAAUUCCAACGCGAAAUCUCAACUACUAGCAUCCGUUCCCCGUCCGAUUCCCAGCAAAAGAGAACUGCAAGUCUGAAAUCUGCAUCGACUCCGAACCAAGAAUGGUUGUCGAGUCGCAACCUCCCUCUGAUCUACAUUGACUGCAAGGAAGUACGAAUCUUUGCUCCUACGAAAGAACCUCGGUUGCUAGGGGAGACAAAAGGUCAAGAAGAUGAGACCAUUGCCAUGGAAACGCAGGACACUUUCCUACUCCAGGUCAACUCGGUGUGUCUCCGGCCACAUGCUGAUAACCCACUACAACGACUUGUUCUCAAAAAGGAGAUAUUUAGACGUGCUGUGCAAGCAGGUACUACCCAGACACCAGGCUCAGAUGUUGAAGAUCGUCAGUACCAACUGGAUGUCAAUGACCUCAGUGUGUCUGUUGCAUUGUGGGAUCAGAUCCAGGCAUGUUGUGACCAGGGUAAAGGGAAAGGCGAGAGUGAGAUCGACGGAAUGCCACACUCUCAGAACCCGGCCCUGGAGUGGAACACAGAUGCAAUACAAAGCCCCACCCCAAGGGAAGUCUCUCUCCUGCCUCUUGUUGUGGGCAUUGACAUCCGGUUUGUCGCAUCCCCUGCCAUCAUCAUAGACAAAGCGCACGGUGCUUCCGACAAGCAUAGGUCAUCACCAGUGACAGUCUGUGGCCACUCCAUCGAAGUUGACUUCACCAGUGACAUGACGUUCUAUCUUAGCACCGGGCAGGUGUGUCUCUUACAAACUUUGGUCCAAGAUAACUUCCUAUCGCUGAUGAAAAUUGGGAAUUUAAUGGAAAACCAGCCUUCACAACGACUCGAGAGUACGCAUCAGAUGAUGUCAUCAGUACAGACUGGAAAACUGCCAAAGACACGUGAAAUGAAUUCUGAUGCUCGUCACAAGGGCAAGAAGUCUUCCCCGCCCGUCGACAGUGGACUCGGCAGUGAAGACUCCACCCAAGCAGGGGUCAAAGGGCAAAAGCUAAAGGUCGCAAUGCAAGAGAUUCCAGUCCCAAUUUCAGUCCAAAAGAUUCCAUCGUCUUCCUCAGCACAAGCUCAGAAAGCCAAGAAAGUUUCCAAAAGCAGUAACUUUACUCCGAUCGACGCGCUAAUCACGGCGGGCAAGGUGUCGGUGUUUUUAUACUCUUGCAUUAACUCAGCCGAAGAAAACUUGGCUCAGGUUCAUGAUCAAGAACGCAACGAAUCACUGCCAACAAUUGAGGAAGGACGGACAGAGCUGCAGCCAUUUUUGUUCGUAACCGUCAUGCAACCAUCCGCUGUUUUAUCUCUUGAACAUCAGCAACAGAGAGCCGAGCUAACGAUCUAUGAUUUGACAGUGGAAGGGGCUUCUCUGAAAAACGCCACUAGAGAGUUAUCUGGUGAUGAGCCGUUGCCUAAUCCAGCUGACUUCACCGUACCCUGGUUUGAGACUUGCCCGGGGGAGCCCCACCCUAAGACCGGGGUACGGCCCGCCCUUGUGACGUUCACUGUCAACGACUGCCUCAGCAAUCAAGCCAGCGCCAAAGUGAAAAUUGCCCGUCCUGCCAAAGUGAGCUUUAGCCUGGCUAAAGUGGACGAAGCCGUUGAGUUCAUAAGACGCCUCACCCCACCGAAAUCCAUUCAGAUAUCGGCCCAGCCAGUAGCGGAGAAGGAUGCCUUGUCACAAGGGGGCGCUGUUCUAAUACCAGUUUUGCCCCACUAUCCCCCUGUCGUCGGCCACGGCAACAGGCGUCCAUCCAGCCAAUCACAUCACAGCAGCACCCACAGUGAUGCCCUGGAUGUACUCUCGCGUGUGAAGAGCGUCUCCAUGGAGAUGACUGAAUUUGUGGUUGUCAUGGCAACGAUACCGGACUCGGAAUAUCCUCACGUCGUCUGCUCGUUUGGUGAUUGUCAGGGUGCGAUCAAUUUGCAAAACAACAAUGGGAUCGUCUCAGAAAUUCAAGCCAAACUGCGAUUGGACCAACUCCUCCUAAAGACAUCCAUCCGCAAUAAAACGAGACCCCUGAUUGGUCCAUUCAACCUGAGCAUGGAUGCCAAGAGCCACUGGACAGCACACGGCGGUAGCGCAGCGGACAGGUCGAUGAAUCGUGUGACGGCCGGGGUCAGCCUGGGUCAUGUGACUGUGUUCCUGGGUCAGGAGCAUUUGAACUGUGUUGCGCUGAUGCAGCGUCAUGUGACGGAGUAUCUCAACCAAUGUGGACAGGAGCAAGACAAAACUUUCGUCAAAGCAAAGGAGUCUAGCCCUUCCCAGCAUGCCCCAGUCUUCCUGUUGAAGGAUGUAAUAUCUCAGCAGCCAGAUCGACACUACAAGGAUGAUUUAAGGGCUGGGGCGUUCCGCUACAUCAGUGAUGGGGAUGGAGUUGGUCUGAGUCCCAAGCCCAACGAAAUCGUCUUUGCCUCCCUCGCCCUGCAAGACAGCACCAAAGGUCACUGGGGGUCAAUGACCUGGUGUUACCCCGAGCCUAGGAUCCUGACUCACGUAUCUGUAACUCCAAUACCUCUGCAUCAGGCUGGUGCCGCCGAUAGCGAGCCCACUGCUGAAGAAGAGGUUCCGUGCACCUUGGAGUACUGGGACGAUCUCAGACAAGAUUUCUGCGUCUACCGUCAACUGUACGUCUCAGAGAUGCAUUCCUAUCACCUCAGUUUGCCCGCCUCAUCGGACAAAACAUCCAGACAAGCCGUGGCUUCGCUGUGGAGAGUCGUACUCAACAGUGUGGCCAAAGAUAGCGAUGACGAGCCUUUAUCACCCCAGAACCAUCCUGGACUGAUUAUAUCCCCCACGGCCCUCGCUGCGUCAAUGAGGGUAGAUUCCAGUUUCUCAGCACACUUACUCCCAGUGGUCUCCUUAGGAUUCAAGAUGGAGUGCAUGGAAGUCAGGCUAGCUCAUCAUACAGACACUCUUGGAAAAGCGCAACCCAAGUGGCUGGAGCCUUUCGUGUCGGACAACCUCUCGCCGGCAGACCAAGAAUUCAUGGUCAUUCGACUAGACACUUCAGACUUGUAUCUCAAUCACUGGUCAUCGGCUCAAGCCAACACACAACUACAGAUGUCAACAACCGUCCAGUGUGACAUCCUAACCUACCGCAACCUCACCAUGGCAACCCUGCUGCAUCCAAUGAGGGCAUCCGCAACCGUGGAUACGACCUGGGGUCAAAAUGUAGAAGGUCAUGUCGACCUGGGGUCAGUCAAGGUCAGCGUAGGUCAAGAAGCGGUGCAUUCGCUCAACAUGGCCGCACAAGCAAUAUCACAGGUCAACUCAGCUGGCAAGGAGCAUCUUCUGUUCAGCAAUUACGCCAUUUGCAACGACACCGACGAAACCCUGCGAUUUGGCCAGGUCCACACGGAUGAAUCGAUCGUCCUGCAAAGCAGAAAGGGCCAUGAGUACAGCUGGCGAACGCACAAACACCAUCGACAGAGACUACAUGUAUGCAUCGAGGGCUGGAGAAACUGGCGAUGGUCCGAACCAUUCAGUCUUGAUGAGGAGAGAACGAUUGUACGUACGCUGCAGCACAAAGACCAGACGGCGACAUUGUUCAUUAAGAUCAAGAAAAUAUCGGCUUUACAGAAACAGGUGAUAUUUUGCGGCCAGCAUUUCUUCACCAAUGCCCUGAGCCUAGACCUCGAGAUACAGCUCAUCCGAUUGGCUAGAAUUGGAAGUCAGGUGAUCGAUGCUAAGCACUUCCACACUCUAUCAGCCAAUAGCAGCCUGCCUUCUUUAACCUGUAGCAGCAGUGACAUCACAGGGGUCAGAGUCAAGCUAAAUAAGGAGGGUGGUGAUUGGUCGGAACAGUUUGCCAUCUCUGGGGAGAUGAGUCGUGAGCAAUCAGUUCUCAAAGUUUCUGACCAGGAUGGCGUGCAUCACUAUAUGUGGUGUCGUAUCUUCACAGAAGAACAUGAAAAUCACGUACAGAGACUGGUUCUGUUCAGCCCAUUGUUCGUCGUUCGCUGUCACCUCCCCUGGCCCAUGAUCAUGAAUAUUCAAUCAACUAAGCCACAUGACCUCAAGGUCGUUCAGGUCAAAGGUCAAGGCUCAGACCAAUCUCUGUACCGGUUUGCUCCGAACGCCUGGCACAAUCUCACCUUUCAACUAGGUCUUGAUUCUAGUCCAUCAAACCCACCAAUCACCAUCAACACGGACAUGAUUGAUGAACUCAGCCUGGGAUUAUCCAAAGACAGUGAUGAUGCCUCUCCAGUCACCAUGGAAACCAUUGCUAAGCAGUGUCAGCAUCCCAAUAUGAUGGAGGCGUGGCCGUACAACCACAUUGACUAUGAAAGCACAAAAUCCUUCAACUGCACUCUUCGCAACACUGAAGUCCCGUCAGGCACGCACUCGCUGGCACCUAACGCUACUCCGGACAUGGUUACCAUGGACACCACGUACAAACCAAACACCGACCUACAGGUCACGACGACGCGCCUCAGUCGUAACCUGAACACCAUCAUGGUGGAUGUGUUACCAUGGUGCUUGAUGGUCAACGAGACGGAUUUAGAUAUUGACGUCAUGGAGGAUGGCAGCAAGACGUUGUUUCUUCAGAAAGGACAAACGAUAGCACCGCAGAGAUUUAAGGAAGGAUUCUAUUUGCAACUCAGCAAAGCCAAAUACACGACCAGCAACAAGUCCAAACCUAUCCACCUUGUAGCUGCGUCUGUCCCAGCAACGACCCACGACCCUUCAACUUUGACCCUCAUAUCCGAGGGAUAUAUCCACAUCACCCUGUCCGUGCAGCGGAUGGGUGUAGCACAGAACAGGGUCGUUCGUCUUGCACUGAGAUCAACUGUCAAGCACAACAUUCGGGUAAUCACAAUUUUACCUCAGUUCAUGUUGUGCAACAAGAGCAAGAAAGCUGUGAUGUUCAGAGCAUUUGACACCAUAGCAACCAAUAAGGUUACUGUGCAGGAUUCCACACUGCAGUCUGUGUCGGUCCCUCCAGCUGUUCCCGAAGAAACCUACAUCCCCAUCACACAAUGGAACAUCCCGUCUGACAAUCAGCCAAUCCCAUCUCCUCAUCCAACAUCCUCUGACACUCAAGACAAGAGUCAGUAUCUCUCAUUGGCUCUUGCCAAGUCGGAGGGGACCAAUAGGAAAACAGAUGUCAAAGAUCCAACCAAUCAGGAGCAAACUCACUGGAGUAGAUGGAUUCUACUGGAUAUUUCUAGGCCAAGAAUUCCAGUAUCAGUUCCUAUCAACCAGAUUUUUAGCCAGGCGUCACCCAAAACAACAUCCACAACAGAGACCAUCGCUACGCAACCCUUUGUGAACCUCUUGGCAGAACAGGAAGGGGUCAUGUAUGUAACCAUUGACGAUGACCCGGUUGCCAGGGUAACCAUUGCUAAUGCCUGCUCCUACCCUCUUCAUUUUGGACAGACACCUUUUCAUGAGACGGAACAGCUGGAGGUUUUGGAGCAACAUAGUCCCGUUCCUUCUAUUCCCAUUAUCCUUCCUCACUGCCUUGUCCACUAUGACCUCCACCGACCUUUGCCCUCAGCUGACGGAGGUCAAAGGUCGUACACACCCAGUCUUCAUCUGUGCCUAGGAAGCUUCCUUGGUUUAGCUAUAAGCCUGGAGGAACCGAGAGGCCAACAAAGACAACACAGGGAAGAAAAACAGAGCAAGUAUUCGUGGAGUGAGGCUAUCCAACUAGCUACUGACAACAGAGAAAGAUCUGAGAUAGUAUCUGUAGCUGGCAUAGGCUAUGUCCUAGUCUCUAGUCACUGUGUAGGGACACAGUUGCAAAUCCGUGUGGAUCCACUCAGCAUGGAUGUCUCUAAAUCUGGGGGCAGAAGUGGGAUGCAGUCUUCAACAGAGCCUUCUAUUAGAGCUGAGUCAAACACCUUACUGGCUUUCGAGAUGGAACAUUCUUAUCCUGAAAAGACUGAGUCAUCUUCUGAGACUGCAAUGUCGUCCAGUUCUCUCUCUCAGUUGCAAUAUAAAUUCAGAUUGUCUGCCGGGAGUGUUGUUGUCAUGGUGAUGGAUGAAAUCACUGAUCUUGUUCAGUCGUCGGAGAUGCUACGCGUCAGCAUCCAAGAUGUGCUCCUGUUGAGUUAUCCAAUCAUUGAAAGUGGCACAAAGAGUCCAGUUCAGCAACAACAAGUACAGCUGUCUGCCCGGGCUUGCCAAGUAGACAAUCAGAUGUUCAAGGGGGCGGGAAAGUACGAUUUUGCUGUCGUCCUUUGUAGUCAAGAGGAGUCGAUAAAGUCUGGAGAGGAUGAAGUAUCUCGCGACGGACCAGUGGAAGAGCUUGCAAACUUUUGUCACCAGCACCACACUCUUGUUGCUCAGGUCAUGUUGGAGAGCUGCACGGAUUUGUUCCUCGGUUUAGCUUCCCUGGAAGUUGAGGUUAAACCUCUUGAACUUUACCUUGAAGAUCACUUCCUGUACGACCUUCUUCUCCAAGUUCAAACCUUCAUUCCUGCGAAGUCACACGAACAGAACCGACCAAUCACGAGCCACAGAUUCCCAGCCAAAGUCCGCGUCACCAGCUGUGCUCUGAAGGAGCCAAUCAGCAUGCGGCAGUUUCUGAUUCAACCAAUCAGAUUGUUUGCGAGUGUCCACGCCUCUCUGAAGUUGUUUGUCGCCGUCGACAGCACGCCGUUAUCCUUUAGACAGUUUGAUAGCGGUCCGAUGUUUGCGACAACGAGACAAUUGGUGCAGGCACUCACGGUGCAUUAUACGUCUGGUGCUCUCUUCAAAGCAGGUUGGGUGUUAGGGUCGUUGGAGAUACUUGGCAACCCAGCCGGCCUGUUGCGUAACGUCCGUAGCGGCCUCACCGACUCCGUCAUGCUACCAUAUGAGGGACUGACUAGGGGACCAGCUGCGUUUGUUGCCGGGGUAACCAGCGGCACGUCGUCACUACUCAGACAUCUUUCUGCAGGUACCCUGACGUCAGUCACAAAGUUUGCAGCCAGCAUUUCCCGAAACCUGGAUCGGCUGACCCUCGAUGAAGAUCACAUCGCCCGGAGGGAGAAACAACGACGUAAGGUGCCAGACAGGGUGACGGAUGGAUUGAUGCAAGGCCUGAGUGGCUUUGGUAUCAGCUUAUUAGGAGCCAUUGGAGGCAUUGCUGACCAGCCAAUCAAAAGCUUCCAUCAAGCACCUGAGGUCAGCUCACCAACUCAGAAGGCAACGGGGGUCAUACGGGGCGUCGGCAAAGGUCUGGUGGGCGUGGUCAUCAAGCCGCUGGGCGGGGCCGCGGAGUUUGUCUCUCAGACUGGACAAGGUAUUUUACACAGCGCUGGUCUUGUUGAAACAAGAAGCCCAAAAGGAGAAUGUGUGACAUCACUGACUGCCAUGGCAACCAACAGUAGACUCAAAUACACAUGGAAGAUGCUACACUCACUGCCCAACGCAGACAUCCUGAUGGACUGCGACGUCACCACGGUAACAUUCCACGGCCUGCAGCGCGGGGGGUGCCUACUCCUAACACCCGAGAUUCUCUUUGUGGUCAGCUCUAGCGAGGACACACAGCAGCAGGCUUUCCCGAUAUUUCAAGUGGAGUGUGUCCCCCUGGCGGGGAGUAGCGAAGGAGUGGGGGUGAAAAUGAAACGGCCAUCUUCUCCGACAGUCUCCAAGAAGGCGGAGACUUGCAGUCGCGUUGCAGACUUUGUUGGAACCAUCCCAUCCAGACCAUGUGACCCGCUAGACAUUGACCCAUUGGUCAGCUCCGACAGCCAAUCAGAAGGCUCCUCCUUGCCAGGGGGACACACAGUGGAGGAUUCCACGGGAACCACAGUGUACCAGUACUUCCUGCAGCGGGCGUGUUACCGGGACACAUUCUUGAGCUUGUUCGAGCAAGCGAAGAACCGACUUUUGGGGAAAGGGUUCUGCUAUGACGAGACGAACAACACAGGAUUCAGCCGCUUUAAGAUGUGGCAUACUAGCACCAAGAUGCAACUGGAAGGGUUAGAGUAGGUGAUAAGAAGAAAAGGUAAAAUCUUGGGUGCCAGGUUCUGAGAAUGUGCAAAAAGAAAUUGAAAUUUUGGAGUUGAAGACUGCUUGAUAUUAUACAGUUAAAGGGAAGAUACAACAUUUGCAAACAUCACAAAACGAAAUGAUCAAGUUAUCGCGAAAUACCUUACUGGAUUGUUAGGGAAUGACAGUCUCAAGCAUCCUGUAAAAUCGUGGCUCCUGGU